AUGGGACCCACAAGAAAUUCUAAAAGUCUGAAUAAACGUUACUCUUAUGUUCCCGAUGUAUCUCCUAGCAAAGAUGGGGAUGGUUCUAAAAGAAGCAAUAGGCGGAAGAGAAAGUUGUCUGACAUGCUUGGGCCUCGAUGGACUGUGGAAGAGCUAACUCGUUUCUAUGACUCUUACCGCAAAAAUGGUAAAGAUUGGAAAAAGUUAGCCAGUGCUGUGCGAAAUCGUUCUCCAGAAAUGGUGGAAGCCCUUUACACAAUGAAUAGGGCAUACUUAUCUCUACCUCAUGGAACUGCAUCUGCUACUGGGUUGAUUGCUAUGAUGACUGAUCACUACAGCAAUUUGGCAGGGAGCGACAGUGAUCAAGAAAGCAAUGAUGAAGUGAGAUCAUCACGAAAGCCUCAGAAACGUGCUCGUUGCAAAGUAGAACCUCCUACCUCAAAAGCGUCAGACAGUCAAUUCCUUUCCCCAACCCUAGGUUCGAGUUAUGGUUGCCUGUCAUUGUUAAAGAAGAAACGCUCUGGAGGGAGCAGACCUCGUCCUGUUGGAAAAAGGACGCCAAGAUUCCCCAUUUCCUUGCCAUAUGACACUAUGAGCGAAGAUAAAUAUUUUUCUCCAACCAGGAAAGGGUUGCAACUGAAUGCUAAUGCUGAUGAUGAUGAAGUAGCUCACGAAAUUGCCAUAGCUUUGGCAGAGGCUUCACAAAGAGGUGGCUCUCCCCAGGUUUCUGGAACCCCAAAUAAAAGAGCUGAGAGUGUCAUGUCAUCGCCAAUUAGGCAUAGUCAAAGAAAGAACUAUUUAGCUGAAAUGGCCAACACGAAACUCUUGUCUGCCGACAUGGAUGAAGAGGAUUUAGAAGGGAGCACAGAAGCUGACACGGGCGAGCUGUUCAAGUAUAAGUCCAAUGCAGUGGAAUCUGUAAGCCCUGGUACAACAAGACAGAAAGGGAGAAAACUUAAAGGGAAGAAAUUUGAAAUCGAAAAUAACGAUGAUCGUCACCUGGAUGACACCAAGGAAGAGUGUAGUGGAACAGAGGAAGAUCAAAAGUCAGGGGUAAUCAGAGGCAAGUUUGAUUUAGAGGCCAACAACACCAACAUCUCGAGAUCGCCCACGCAGAGCCAGAGAAAGAAGAGCAAAAAGGUUCUCUUUGGAAAAGAUGAAGAACCUGCUUUUGAUGCUUUGCAAGCUCUAGCUGAUUUGUCACUCAUGCUGCCAAUGGAAAAUGAAGAUGAGUCAAGGGUGCUGUUUAAAGAAGAACCUGAUGAUCUUGUUGAUGAGUCUGUGCCAUUAGAAUCCCAGCCAGCAAACCAGCCCAGAGAAAAACGCAAAUCUACAGGUGUAAAAAUGAAAGGGCAUCUAUCAAGUUUUGGAGCUGCUUCUAGCAAAAGAUCAAAACCUGGAAAAAGUUCAGCUUUAGAUGCUUUCUCUGUUCCUGAAGAAAACCAGGAUUCUAUUCAAUCCAACACCAAUAAAGUAAGGAGAAAACAGAAGGUGCAAGUGUCUAAGGUGAGAAGUAAUAUAUUAUCAUUUUUGCUGUUUAUCAUCAUCAUGAAUAUGAUGGUAGCUUACUUGAAUGUAUGUGUGUGUGUGUGUGUGUUACGGAGCAGGCGCAAGAUGAACCUAAAGAAACCAGUUCAGGAAGAAUCAAAGUUACUUGGCAAAAUUGACCUGAGUAAUCUGCCUCUUGGUUCACUCCAUGACACGAUGCUUAAGUCUAAGGUUUGGUUCUCUUUUGCCUCCAAAUAUCUGAAGUUUGAUAACACAAAUAUUGACUUUCAAUUCUCAUCUUGUGUCACACAGGAAAUGCUGUCUAAUUGUUUAUUAAAUCAGCGGCUAAGGAGAUGGUGCACUUAUGAGUGGUUCUAUAGUGCCAUUGAUUAUCCAUGGUUUUCUAAGAGAGAGUUUGUGGAGUAUCUGUAUCACGUAGGAUUAGGUCAUGUGCCAACAUUAACUCAUGUGGAAUGGGGUGUUAUAAGAAGCUCUCUUGGUAAACCACGGCGUUUUUCAGAGCAAUUUCUGAAGGAAGAAAAAGAGAAGCUCAAUCAGUAUCGAGAUUCUGUUCGAAGACAUUACACUGAGCUCCGUGAAGGAAUCAGGGAUGGUCUGCCGACAGAUCUUGCAAGGCCUUUAUCAGUUGGGCAGCGUGUAAUUGCCAUUCAUCCAAAAACAAGGGAUAUCAAUGAUGGAAGUGUGCUAACUGUUGAUCACUACAAGUGCCGCGUUCAAUUUGACCGUCCGGAACUAGGGGUUGAAUUUGUUAAA